GGGUGUCGUGGGAAAAGCCCUGCGUGUGCAAUGCCUGGUAAAUCGGGAGGAAGGUUUUGCUAACAGGCUCCUGCACCAGCAAAACAACUCCUUCGAAUGCAGUCUUAAGCCUCAGCAAUCUGCAGCUGUAACUAACGAUAGCAAAUGGGUUUAUAACCAGUGUGUGGGACUGGUGCUGGGAGCACGGCGGCGGUGGCCUCAUCUAUUUUUGUAAAAUGGAUUGGCUGGGCCUGGCAGUUACACCGUAGGCACCAUGUCGGAGCGCUUUGACUGCCACUACUGCCGUGACGCGCUCCAAGGAAAGAAGUAUGUGCAGAAAGAGGGCCGCCACUGCUGCGUCAAGUGCUUCGAGAAGUUCUGUGCCAACACCUGCACUGAGUGCAAGAAACCCAUUGGAGCCGACUCCAAGGAGCUGCAUUUCAAGAACCGUUACUGGCAUGACAACUGCUUCCGCUGCUUCAAGUGCUACACGUCCUUGGUCAACGAGCCCUUCAUGCUAAGGGAGAACAACAAGGUUUGGUGUAGCAACUGCACUGCCACCGAGGAUGCUCCCAGGUGUAAGGGCUGCUUCAAGCCUAUUAUCGCAGGAGACCAAAAUGUUGAGUACAAGAAGAUGGUCUGGCAUAAGGACUGCUUCACCUGCAGCCAGUGCAAGCAAGUGAUUGGAUCUGGGAGCUUCUUCCCCAAGGGUGAUGAAUUCUACUGUGUCUCCUGCCACGAGCAUAAGUUUGCCAAGACCUGUGCUAAAUGCAAGAAUCCCAUCACUUCUGGAGGCCUCACUUACCAGGAACAGCCUUGGCAUUCCGAGUGUUUCAUUUGCUCCAACUGCAAGAAGCAACUGGGUGGGAAGCGCUUCACAGCUGUAGAGGAUCAGUUUUACUGCGUUGAGUGCUACAAGGAGUGCGUUGCCAAGAAGUGUGCUGGCUGCAAGAAUCCUAUUACAGCAGGAUUUGGAAGAGGAACCAGUGUGGUUAACUACGAAGAUGAAUCCUGGCACGAUUAUUGUUUCAAAUGCACAAAGUGUGCCCGUGGUCUGGCCAACAAGCGCUUUGUUUGCCAUAAUGGAAAAAUUUACUGUGCUGAGUGUCCCAAACGACUGUAAGGAGCAGACAGCAACUGCUGUAAAAUGGAUUUUAGAGCCCUGCUUUCCAAAACAAUCCUGGUAAAGAAGCAGGUUUUUUGCAUGUUAAGAAUUUUAACUUUUUUCCAUUUUAGUAUAAAAACUAAAGUAGCCUCAGCAUACUGGGUUUGACUUUUGAAGCUCCUGCAGUACAAAAGCAUGUAGCCUUGCAAAAAUUUAACUUUGCUUCCAAGUAACCCUUAGUGUAAAGGCUUGAAAUGCCAUUAGAUUUAGCAUUAGAGAUCCACAUACUACAUAACCUGUGUGUGGCUUAAACUAAAACAAAGCUAGUUUUAAUUUGUCUGGUAUACAUUUAAGCUCGGCACUUAGAUGAAAUAGGUUUGACAAGGCAUGCACACCUCGGAAAUAGAGAUGAAAGAUUGCACCUGGGAUCAGAGAGAUCCAUUAUUACGCUUUACAAGUACAGGUACAUCACAUACAUCACACCAGUAACAGCAGCACAGUAAUAAAUACCUUCGCUUACCCUACCACACCAAAUUUUGCAGCAAGUGUACGGAAUGGCUUCAUCUUACAUAUAACAAUGUUUUGGCAGUACAAUUUAGCUUUAGUUAUGUUUCCAUAACCUUGUUUUAAUCUUGACUUCCGCAUGGUUUGCCCAAAAGUUUUGCUCAUCAGCUUUUUUUACAUCAUUGUUUAAAUGAGGUUGUCUAUAUACAAUUAUUAAUCCAUUAACAAGAAGUAAAUCUUUCAACUACACCAAAAUGCACAUGCAUUUAGAAGUGCCUUAAAAAUAGCUCAGACAACGAUAGCUCUCCUAUCACGACAGUGUAUGGUUUAUGAUUUAAUAAAAAUGAAACUAGUGCCUGCUUGGA